AUGGCUGCGCGAUUGGACUACUCACGCUUCGAACACAUCGGAGACUCCGAGUCUGAGGAGGAGAAGCCACCGGAGGCUCCUCAUCCUGCAGCGGACGCGAGCGAUGUGCUUUCAGAGCUUCCAUCAGACCUUCCUCGGGAUCUGGCCUUGGUCCUGGCAGCCCGGCAAGGGCAGCACAACUUGGUAGAGGCGCUACUGAACAGCCGCGUGGAGGCGAAUGCCGCGGACCCACAUGGGGGCAGCGCGUUGCUGCGAGCUGUGGAGUCAGGUGGCGUGCAAGCGCGGCCGACGAUUGAAGCGUUGCUGACUGCGAAGGCUAACCCGUGCCAGGACAACGGCGCAGGUGAGUCGGCGUUGGCCUCGGCGUCAUCCACUGGCCCGGCAGAACUCUUGAAAGCUUUGCUGGCGGCAGCCGUUCACGUUCCCAGCCCCGCAGCUCUCUCAGCAGCCUUGGCUGCUGCCGCUGCGAAGGGGAACCGCGCCACUGCGGAGAUUCUCUUGGAUGCCGGAGCCCCUGCUGCGAACGCCCCGCUCCACAGCUGGGUGGGUCAUGCUGACGUUGACAUGGUUCGACACCUUGCCGAGAAGCGUGCGAAUGUGAACCUCGCACAGGGUGACGAUGGGGAGACGUCGCUCACACGAGCAUCGCGUCUCAGUCCCGAGGAAUCUGCAGAGCGACUUGUGCAACUACUGUGUGACCUCCGCGCAGAUGUCAGCCAACCUACAAGUAGGGGCCUCACACCUCUGGCGGCUGCAAGCCGCGCCGGUGCUGCGAAGGUGGUACGAAGGCUUUUGGAAUGCAAAGCCUCCGCGCAACCGGAGGGCUCGUCCGUCUCUCCCCUCGUCGCCGCAUCCACGGCAGGGAGCGUGUUGGCUGCCGGCCUUCUUCUGGAGGCCAAAGCUUUUCCCGAGACGGCGGAUGCGGCCGGCCGCCGACCGCUUGGCUGCGCUGCUGCCACUGGCAACCUCAAGCUGUGCCGUUUGCUUCUGGGGGCCAGGGCCGACCCGAACCAGCGCAGCCGUGCAGGCGAAACGUCCGAAGGCCCGAAGCCCGAGGUUUCCUGGGCAUAG